AUGACUAGAAAGAAGGUGAAACUAGCAUAUAUACUCAAUGACUCCGCGAGGAAGGCGACAUUCAAGAAAAGGAAGAAAGGUCUAAUGAAAAAGAUUAGUGAACUUAGCACCCUUUGUGGAAUUGAUGUUUGCGCUAUAAUUUAUAGCCCUUACGAUCCACAACCCGAGGUUUGGCCAUCAUCAAUAGGAGUUCAGAGGGUGCUUUCGAAGUUCCGAAGAAUGCCUGAAUUGGAACAAAGUAAAAAGAUGGUGAAUCAAGAGAGUUUUUUGAAGCAGAGGAUUCAAAAGACGAAAGAUCAAUUGACUAAACAAAGAAAAGAUAAUAGAGAAAAAGAAAUGACUCAAUUAAUGUUUCAAUAUCUUAGUGAUAAUAAAACUAUGCAAAAUAUAAGUAUGGUUUAUUUAAAUGAUAUGGCGUGGUUAAUUGAUCAAUAUUUGAAAGAUAUUAAUAGAAGAGUUGAAAUGUUGAGCAAGAAUGGUCAAGGUCAAGGUCAAUCUCAAAUGGUAGCAUCAACAAUGGUGACUAAUGGUGUGCCUAAGAUUGAAGAUGUUGCACAAGGGAGUCAUGGUGGUCAUGUUUUGGAUAUGAAUAUGGAUGUUAUGCAAAAACAACACUGGUUUAUGAAUUUGAUGAACAAUAGUGGUGGGGAUGAGGCACCACCUCCUUUGGGAGAUGUUAAUCAACAAAAUGGAUUUUGGCCAAAUCCAUUUUUCCAUUGA